UACGAAUACUGUGUAGUGUAUUCAUUGUUUUGCUGGCUUUAUAUAGUAAUAAGCAGUGUAUAAAAUAUGGCAUUUAUUGUGUUUUUUUAUGUAUCUACACACGAUAUUUUGUAAUUCUCAUGUCUGAGUUGCUGAUUGUGGUGUUUUAUUUGUGGCCAGAUUGGUAAUGGAUCAUUAUUAAUAUUCUGAAGGUUGGAUUAAAACGAGAAUAUACAAGGCUGUGUGAAGGAAUCAAGGGGUAUGAUAUUAAAAUAGUCGAAAAUGAGUAUCCCAUUGAGUCUGAGGAACUGCCCUUCUCAUGUAAUGGAGUCUGCUUUCAUCAUCAAAGACAGCCAAAGGUCUCCAAGGUCUGCAGACAAUGGACUGGUGUCCUUAAGCUUUCCUAAAUCAAAAAUUGCUCUCUGGGAUCCCACACCGGUUGGUACUGCUGUUAACCUUCAUCUUGCCCACUACAGAAAUCCCAAGCUGCUAGUUGUGGAAAAGGCUGUACGUCUUGCUCAUCGUCAUGCUCGGCAGAGUAAUCACAAAUUGUUUCCAUGCUUUCUUCUGGGUUCUGUUGUGGAUUGUGAUGAAGAAGGUAUUACAGUAAGAAUAGAUCGUUUUGAUCCUGGCCGAGAAGCAUCUGGCUGUGUUGGGAAGGUACCAACUGCCCUUCUUCCUGGGGACUUCCUUAUUCCUUGUGUUGUGGAUAUCCAAAGGUCUGCAUGCCAUGAGACUAUAGCUCACACUGCAGAAGACUUCAGUUUAGCUUUCAAGAUGAUGCAGAGUUACUGUUGCAGUAAAGAAGCUGUUGACCCUGCAAGACUUCUCCUUAUGAGAGCCCAUAUCACCUGUACGGAAAACGUGGACAAACUGAAUUUUGAUUUUCAUUGGGCUGCAAUUACUGUAGCAACUGCUUUAACUGCCAUUCCUUUGAAGCAAAUUCCUAUCAUUCCUACAGCUCUAGCAAGGAAUCUGAGCAGUUCUUUAAGCAUAACACAUGUUCAAGGAGCCUGCAAAUUUGGAUAUCUUACAAUGGACCAGACACGCAAACUUCUGCUAGUAUUGGAAUCUGAUCCUAAAGUCUUCACGUUACCUGUUGUGGGAAUCUGGUUGAGUGGUGUUACCCACAUUCACAGUCCGCAGGUUUGGACAUCCUGCCUCCGUUACCUGUUUAGUUCGUCAAUUCAAGAAAGGGUCUUGUCUGAAAGGGGCAGUUUUCUUAUUGUGUUGUAUUCAUUGACACACAAAGAACCUGAAUUUUAUGAAUGCUGUCCUUGCAGUGGAGACCAGCAGAUGAACUUUCAACUGUUAACCAGUACAGAAACGUUAAGUCUUUUUAAAAAUGUUGAACCUUCUGAUAGUCAUCCACUAAAAUUUCAUCUGUGUGUACAACAUGGUAAUCCUGAAGCACAUCUUUUUAAGGAAGUGGUAACGAGUUUGUCAGCAACAAGUAACCAGCUCAAAAUUUCUCCUCAAAAGAGUUCAGUUGGUGAUCAUGACUCUGGGGUAGAAGAUGAGGACUUUUCACCUAGACCCUCUCCAAGUCCACAUCCAUUGAACCAGCAGAUUUCAAGGAUACGUCCUUCAGUGCCUGAACUCUCCCUGGUCUUUGAUGGAAGCUUUGUUGACCCCAAAAAUGAAUCAAAGUAUUUACCAGUGGGAAACUGUGUUACACCAGAUCAGCAGUCUACUAAACAUUAUAGACAUUCAGGCACUACAUGUUCAAAAGAGCUUUCUUGUGAUAAAGAGCAACAUAGUUGUGGCACUCGAGAAUCAUUUUGUUUGAGACAUCAUUUAGGGAAUCAGUCUACACCUUUGAACCCUGAUAGAAACUUGCAGUCUCAAACACAACUUGGAAAUCAGAAGGAUGGUCCUCAAGUAAGAAAAGGUUCAAUUUCAUCUUCUACAGCAGCAUCUUCCACUUCCUCAUCAUCAACGCCUAAAAGUGGGACAUCUCCUAAUACCUCAGUACAUCAUCCAAAAAUGUUAGCUGAAAAAAAGGAUUCCAGAAGUAGUUCUACUAUGGAUAGAAAAGGAUGUAUUAUAGCCACAGGUACAGGGCCUAGUCCUGUGCAUUUGCAGAAGCCUCUUUCUCCUAGUAAAAUUAAUAGGCAAGUUCAAAAGCAAAAUAAUAGACUCAUGGCUCAGGCACCAAGAUGCAUUCCCGAUUUGCAGAUAGCAGUACCACAUAUACCUCCUCACUAUCCCCCUAAUUUUUGCAGCUGCUUCCCUCAUCAUGGUUAUGUUCCUUACUGUCAGACAAAUGUCUGGCAAGGAAUGACAAAUGUGGGUUUCAAUAAUAGCCCUCAAUGUUGCUCCACAGAAGUCUGUUCACAGGUCUCCUAUGAGAACACAUGUACAUCUUUUCCUCCCAGUGAGGGAAAUCUGUUGAAUGCUUCCUAUAGCCCCAUAUGCAAUACAAACAACCCAAGAGGACAGGGAUUCAACGAGAAAGUGGAAAACUCCAAUAGUACUAAUGAAGUGAUGUCACCUAUUGGAGGACAGUUUCCAUCACCACUGAGCCCACAGUCGUGUGAAAGGCGUUCGCCAUGUACCUACACACCACCUCCAAGGAUAGGAAUUGACAGUGGAACAAUGGGACUACCUGCAGAUGCAUACAAAAUUCUUGUUGAACAAGACAAACAGUUAAAGAUGCUUCAGGCUCAGAUCCAGAGACUACUGGAAGCUCAGGCACUUGCUUCUUGUUCCACCAAAGAUUCUUGUUCUCAUGUUAUACCACCGCAAUCUGAGAAACAAGUAGAGUUUGUUGCCACGGAAACACAAACUGCAGCAGGUGUUCAGAUGAGAAAAAGUGUAAGCAUCGCUGUUAGUACAGGUGCCAGUCUCUUUUGGGGUCCAGCUAAUGAAUGUGAAGACGACUGUGUUUCACAACACAAAGAAAAUGGAGAUUCCCACACUUGUGGAACCAUAUCUGUGUCUAUCAACACAGAAGAAAAGAGCCAGACCACUACUGCCUCUUCACUGAAAGCAGUUGACCUUCCUGACUUUGUAGAGAGUAACUUCGAUACAAGGGAAAAUUCCAUCCAGGCACUAACAAUGCAAAUAAAUGACCAAGCGUCCCACAGCACAGUGCAGAGCCCUGUACUUGGGGAGAGCAUAAGCAUGAGUUUGAAAUUCCCACCAGAAGAGGGAGACAGUCACUUACAUGAAACAAAAGAAGGAAAAGCUGAACAAGUGGUUUCCACCCAGGAGGUACUGAAAAAUGAUCAGAAGUUUUACCAUGAUUUACUGGGUCAGGUGAACCAGCUGUUGGAGUCUUGUCCAGCGGAAGAUGAUGCCUUGCCAGAUGUGAAGGGUGUGAACACCACUAAUGUUUCCAGUGCAUCUUUUAUUGACAGUGACAAAUGUGAAAACUCAAGAAACAGCUUGAACCAAACGAACAAGAACAGUGUUAGAAAUGCAACUGUUAGACAGCUGGAGAGCUUGGGAGUGAAGGUUAAGUUAGAUUCUUCAGAUAAAAUCCGGAAAGACAAAGGCAAAGUAGACAGUGCAAGCACACUGGCUUGCAUAAACCCAGAAGCACUCAUUCCAAGACUUAAUUAUGUAUCCUUCACCAAUGCUGAUAUCAGUGGAUUUGGAUCCAGUGGAGUGGAUCUGAGCAUGGAAGCCAAUGCUAUUGCACUUAAGUAUCUCACUGAGUCACAGCUUUCUCAACUUUCUCAUAGUCGCAGUGGCAAAACUGGACCUUUUAAUCCUUCAGUAAUCCAGAGCCUUUUGCAGAAUAACUCUGAUAAGAGUAUAGUGGGUUUUAGUCUAAUUUCACCAAACAAUAUGUCCAUUGCAACACGGAAAUACAUGAAAAAAUACGGUCUUAUUGAGUGCAGUGAUGGCAGUGAAGAUGAGGAAAGCAGCAUUGCUUCAGCCAGCAGUGGAAAUGAUAAUGUAGUCAAAAAUAAUACAUCUGCACUUGACUUUAGUUUUACAAAGCAGCACAUUCAAAGAGACAGUAAAAAAAGAUCCCAAAGUAAUCACCAGCAUAACGACCAACCACUGCACCCUGCCACUUCUCCAAACUCUGAAGGAAAUGUUCUGAGAAACAUUACAAAUGGAAAUACACCACCAAGGUUUCAAACACACUUGCAGCCUAUGGUAGAAGAGUCUACAAAAACACUAAAGGGUGUGAAGCGCAAAACAAAACUUUUGUCAGGACCCGUGCAGGUUACAAAACAUCCUGAUCAGGAGAAUGGCCCAAAUAAUGUUUGGGUAUUCCCUGAAAGACAGAAAGCAACUUCUGGAAAACAAAAGGACAUGGAGAGAGCUGAUUCAGUAGGUAAUGUUUUAGAUGUGAAUCGCCUGAGACAGCUCCCAAAGCUUUUUUAACAAAUAAUUGGAGACACUGUAUCUGACUGUAAAGAAGGGGUUUUGAAUGACAACCUGUGUUAUUUUGUCAUUGUCUUGCAGACUUGACGCAUCUGCUAGAAUCAGCUUGGGAUUAUUUUUACUUGUAACCAAUAAUCCAUUUUGGAAUUUUAUAUGGAGUAUUAUUGUAAGCUAGACAAAGGUAAUGAAUCUGAAAGCAAAAUGAAAUGUACUGUAGGCAUGCAUUCAGGUUUUUUUUUCCCCAAUACCCAAAAAUGGUGUUUCGUAUGUUUAACAUGGAGUACUGCUUCUCAUCAUCAGCUUUAUUAAAAUUUUGUUUUAACUUGUGUGUCAGUGUAAAACACUGCAGAAAUUAGAACUGCAUUUCAAAAACUGUUUUUUAUAGGUGAAGCUUAUUGCUUUGGGAAAGGGAUACAGAACUUAAUCGUGUGAUGAAAUUAAUUUAAUACCGUCAAGGUGAUGUCCUUAAUGAUUCAGUUUCUUUUUUCUUUCUAUUUUUAAGUGACGAUGCACUGAAGUAUAGCUUAAACUUGCUCUUUAUAAACAAGGGAACAGCUAAACUAUUGUAUAUUUACACGUGAAAAUGUUACAACAUUCUUUUCAUUGUUUAGUGAAGCAAACUUCGUGUACUAAUCUGAUUUGCUUCAUAUUCACAAGUUACUUUUUCACUGACAGUUAUAAAUUUUAUGUUGUGCACUGAUUUUACUACAUCGUGUUGAAAGAGCCCUGUGUGCGCCACUUAUACCCAGGUCCUAAUAUUAGAUCGUCAUGAGUUAUAUAAUAUAGUGGUUGUGUUUUGUGCCUGAACCUCUUUCAUGUCACUUUGUUUGCCAUUUGUUCUGUCAAAUACUGUGAAUGUUAAGGGUAUUGCAGCAACUGUUCUGCCUUUGUUGCACUUUAUUUUCCAAUAAGCAUUUAAUCACAUAUACGUCUUUUGUUUGUUGUACAUGUAAUUGGAAGGACUGCAGCAAGCACCCCAAACAAUUUUUGUCCGUUUUGUAGCUUGAAAUGUGCAAUACAAGCAUCAGCAUUCACUGUUAGAUUUUUCAAACGUAGACUGAUGCCUGCUAGACAUUCAAAUCCACUCUGAUAUGUUUGUUUAAAAUCAAACAGUAAUUUAUGUACUCCCCCACUCCACCUCAUAUGCAGUUACAUGUAGCUCUGCUUGUUAGAAGUGGCAGAAAUGUUUGCAUAGGAAAGGACAGGUACCAGUGCCAUAACUACUAAGGCUCAUCUUUUGACAGUAUUGUGUGGAUGGACUAAGUUUGCACCACAUAAGUAGCAUCAUGGUCAUAUAUAAUCUAACUUCUUGGAUAACUCAUUCAGGUUACAGCAGCAGUCAUCAAGCUCACCUUCUCAUCUGAAUUUCCAUAAUCUUUCUGUAAUUUGCAUAUGAAGGAAAUGAACUUUACCAUGUCUUACAGUGGUGGUGACAUUUGUCUUAUCUUGCAGUAUGUUUUCCAUUGCAGUCUGUUUUGUAUGUUUGCUUUCUGUUACAGUAUUAAAAAACAGCUUUUUAGAAGUACCGUUCCUGCAUUUUCUAUAAAAUAAUCAGGAUUGUUAAAUGGAACAUGGACCAAAGUCUAAUUGUCAAUAGUUCACUAAUUUUGUAAAGUUUAUGAAGAUCUGAACCUUUUCCACCUUAGUCUUGUACUGUUAUUGGAAAACACUGAAGUUAGUGCAUUUUUUGCCCAAGUGUGUGGUGAACUUAACUUUUUUCUGCUUUGAUUUUUGUCUCCCUUCAAAGACUGAGCAUGUCUGCACAUUCACAGAUUUCGCAAGAGAUGCUGAAUUCUGUUGGUCUCUUUUUUGUUGUCGUUUGUUAAAAUGUAGUCAGGACAAGUCAGUUGACUGCAAAGCUGGAUUUCUAAUACUGCUUUAAAGCUUAUUUCAGAAUAUUUCUGAAAUACUUGCAGUUGCCAUCUAUUUUAUGCAGUGUGUAAUGUGAACUGUAAAGAAAUUCGGUUUUCUAGCAUUUCUGAUCUUUAGCCAUCAGUUCUACUGUAGUCUAAGCAACUGUGUAACAGAUAUGCAUAUUCCAAUUGUUUUUCUGUAAUGUGCUGUAUGACACCCUACAAUAAUGCAUAUUUCAUUAACCCCUAUCCAGUUAAGACAUGUUAUUAAAAAGUGGUAUUUACAUUUUUUCAAGCCAUCCCAUAUAUCAUUAAUUUCUCAGAAGAACCUUUCCUGAUUACUGUUAAUGGGGCUGUGAGAAUGUCUUUGAAUUGGAAUAGGCUUCCCUUUCAUUAAUGUGGUUUAUGUUGAUGAUCAUUUUCAGUAUGGUAGUCUUACAGGCAUCUUUAAGAAUCCUCCUAUACAAGGGUGAAUGCAUGCAGUUUUAAUUAGUGACUAAUGGAAAUGCUGAUGGUUUCCCUCUCUACUUUUAUGGGAAUGAAGUGUCUUAAGCACACAGUAUUUAAGUUCCUCAGUUUCCAUGGUGUACCGCAUUUCCACGUAGACGAACUGGCAGUAAUUGCCAUAUGGGAGACAUUUGAGGCAUUUAGGUAAAUGGAUUGUAUUAGGCCCCAGUCCUGGCAGGAACUACCCCGAGGAGAGUUUCACAUCUCUGGAAUAAGGCACUAUGUGAUUAUGGAAAAUCUCAGCUUGUGUUUGCCUCAGGGACUUCCUCCUCAGAAUCCUUUCCAACAAGGAGGUCAGGCAAGAGGCAAUUUAAGAGGAAAUAUCUUGAUAUUUGCACCAGAGCCUGAUUCUGCAGACAAGGCAGAUUCUGCUCCCUCAUGGCCCUCAGAUGAACCCAGAUUUGGAGAAAUCUUGGAAAUGAUGCAAAAGAAAGAAAAGAGGGGGGGUUGGCCUUUGUAUAGGCUGUCAACCCUAGAAGUUGCUGCUGCAGAAGUUUUUCCCCCACAGGUAUGGUUGUCCAGGUCACUACACAAGUCUGGAAGGAACCAGAUGUGGCUGCUGUAAUAUCUAGGAGACCUGAUCGGGGAUUUUGCCCAGCCCCAAGUACAACAGAUGUUGAUUCAUGAGCCCAGAUGGCUCCUACCUCAGAGCCCUGCAGUCUGCACCACCUCCCUAAGUAUGGAGCCUGGAGAGCUGAAUCAGUUUGGUAAAUGUUUUAUGCUUCCUCAGUUUUAUCUUUAUGGGCACAACUACCAGGCAGAUGAGUUCUCCAAAAUGUUGGAUGCAGGAUUACUGAGCCAAGGAACUGGAUCUCUGCACAGAGCCCUACUUUAUCUACAGUUAUGAAACUCACUGUACAAUAAGCUCAUAAUUCAGCCGAUGGUUGCAUUUAGGACAGUAUGUGCCAGAGCUGUAGUAUGCUGCCAUGCUUUGCUCCACAUAAUAGAGAAGUUGUUCACAGCAUGGGAUUUCCUUCGUCAGACUGUUCAGACCUUACGGGGGUAUGUGUGAAUCUGAAGUCCCAGCUACACCCCACAUGAUGCUUGAUGCUCAGAGGCUGCGUGAUGGACAUGUAUUGUAUGGUCAACCUACAUGUGGAACAAAUCCCUCCUGUCUUGCAGAUGGUCCACAAAAUCUUUGUCUCCUGCUGUCAGAUCAGUGCCUCAGGGUAGCUGUGAUAUUUCUCUUUACUUAUGCAGGGUAUUCCAUGCAGGUACUUCAGUGAAACUUUGGAACACUAUGGAACUAAUGUGUGGACUUCACGUCCAUUCAGAUCAAGACCCUCCACAGUGGGGUUGUUGACAUCUUCUUGGUAGCUUGUUGAUACCAAGGCAGUCUCUUUGCCCUUCUCAGUCUCCAUGGAAAUAGUUACCACUGACACUUCAGCCUUGAAGUUCUGGGGCUUUGCCAAGGAUGGACUGUCCAAGGUGUUUGGUUACAGAUGGAGGCCAGCUUGCACAUAACUGCCCUAGAGAUGAUGAUGCAUCUUACAUUGCAGGCUUUCCAAGAUUUCAUUCCUCAUGGCGUGAUUGCCAUCCACAGUGACAACAUGGCAGUGGUGUGUUAAUUCAAGAAAACAGGCAACCACUUCCUAUCGCCUUUGUUGAAAAACAAUAUGAUUAUGGAAGUGGCCUGGGUCAAGUGGACUGGCACAGGAAAUGAUUGUUGAUGCCACACAAGUCGUCCCUUACCUGAUAUUGGGAAAGCACUCUUCCAAGAUGGGACAGUGUCGUCUUGUGACCUUUUUGCCAGAUUGUUUAACGUCAAAUGCAAUGACUUCCUUGAUUGCUGCUUCAGGUCAUCAGCCCGGAGACACUCACUGGUCUGUAAGCGGCAUACAGAUCUCCUUUGUCAUCUCCCCCGUUUCCUGUGAUUUUCAAAUUCCUUCAUAAAGUGCAGAUGUAGAAAGUCCGAUCAGACUCAUUCUCCUGACACCAUUUUGACCAUGCUGAAUGUGGUUUCUACUGUUUGGCUUCAUUUCAAGAAGAAGCCUCUCAAGUUGAGAUCCUUCAGGGUUUUACUUAACAUACCUACUUAUUUGUCUAGGAAAACUUUUCAAGAUGUUAAUGUCCUCAAAUUGACUGCUUGGUAUGUUCAUUUCGGAUGACUACUGUGGACUCUUACACUAAUGGACUCUACUUGCACUGAUAAGGGUAGUCCAUGUUCUGAAUUUUGCCUAGAAGUCCAAUACUUGAAUUGCCUUGCUCACAUCUUUGACUUAGGACUGAGUUCUUCUAUGACUGAAGAUCAUAGGGUUGCUAGUUGUAAUUUUCAGGGGUAGUCACAGCUCUACAGAGUGUUUUAAAAUUUGAAAAGCACUUCUGACCGGAACAUUUUUGUUAAAAUCCCCUGUCAGACAUCCUCUUCCACCAUGGGAGUUGAAUUUUAUUCUACAACAAUUAAAUCUCUCCCCUUUUGUACAGGCUUUCAGGGCAGAGCUGAAGUUUCUCUCCUGGGAAACCAUUUUUCUUGUGGCCGAUACCUCAGCCAGGUGUAUUUUUGAACCACAGGCCUUAUAAGUUGUUCCUAUGUAUUUAAGCUUCCAUAAAGACAGGGUGGUGUUGUGCACUAAUCCUUCAUUCAACCCUAAAGUGGCUGCUGAAUCCAGUAUUAUCAAAUUAUCAGUUUAUUUCACAAGCCAUUCAGAAAGUGAUCUUUUGUUUAAUGUUCAUAGAUAGCUUCAGCUUUUCUCCUCAGACUUGGAACCUGAAGGACUCCCAGCUAUUUUUUAUCUUUACAGCUAAUUAGGGCAAAAAGCUUCUAAGGCAAUGUUACCCAAAUGGUUGUCAAACUCUGUUUAUUUAUGAGAAACGAGGCAAAUCAACCAGACCAGUUGCAAUUUGUCACAAAUUCUUUAGGAAUGUAUCUGUAGACAAAGUUUGCACACCAACCACUUGUGUUUCUGUUUGCAACUUGCAAAGAAUUGUAAGCUGAAUGAAUUAUCCAGUUCUUCGUCUUCCUUUAAACGCACUGUUGUUCAAGGUACUUUGUCCUGAGACCACCCAAAUUUUGUUACUGGGGAUUUAUCCUAGCAGUAGAGGAGGUGAAUAAAACCUGACCAUGCCAGAUAUGAAAGAUGUGUACUUACGAUAAUGAUGGAUAUGCGUGGUCAUGCAUCAUCAUCCUCACUGCCCACCCACCAUUCUCUGGCCUGGCAUAGUGGGGCAGAGAUUGAUCACUGUGUGUGUGUGUGUGUGUGUGUGUGUGUGUGUGUGUGUGUGCUCGAUCACAUGCAUUUACACUUGGACGACUUCUCCGAUCUGGUGACCAUGGUGGUACACAGACAAGCAUGUGUUCGUAGGAGAAGCUGAAGCCUAGGUAAGUUUAAUAUCUGUGCCAAAGCAACUGUAGGCUAAAUCUGCAGUUGUAGUAGUAAAGGAGGGAUGAACUGUGACCAUGCAGAUCCGUCGUUGUCGUAUGCAACUUUGAUUUGUUGGCAUGUCAUGUGGAUAAAUGCCUGUGAACUAUGGCUCUCAGUCUUUUGGCAGAGCUGCUCGUUAGAAGUGGAUGGUGUGGCACAGAUACAGAUGGUUGAGGUAUACUGCUGUAAAUGUCAUAACUCCUCCACGAAUCAAGUUUACUGCAGUUGUCCAUUUUAGUAGGGUAGCCCUUCUCCAGCCAGUUUAAUACUAUUUCCACUGUAACUGAUUUUAAGUGCUAAACAGAAAUUUUUUUACUAGAAUACAAGCAAACAGAAUGGAGAUGCCAGUAUGGUAAGCUGUCAGAAUAAUGAACCAAGUUUUAACCAGCUUACCUCAUCAAGCAAAAUUAUUGAGUUUUACAAUUUUUUUUUAAAUAUAUUUUUAGUUUGAAGAUGGUUUCUGUGUCUUUGUGGUGUCCAAGAAUCUAUUAGCAAUCAGUGUUGAGCUUUGUUAAAUUAUUUAACUUAAUUUCAUUUUUUCAGGUUUGGUAAUGAAACUUUGUUGUCCUAUAUAUGUGCGUUUGUAAAUUGUGUAAUAAAAUAUGCAAAUAAUUUAUUAAA